AUGGAAACGAAAGAAAUGGUGGUGUUAGUGGUGCCAUUUGUAGCACAAGGUCAUCUCAACCAACUCCUCCACCUCUCCCGUCUUCUUUCCUCUUAUAAUCUACCAAUCCAUAUCGUCGGCACCACCACCCACAACCGCCAAGCAAAGCUUCGUAUCCAUGGUUGGGAUCCCACCUCCGCCACUAAUAUUCAUUUCCAUGAGUUUGAAACACCCAACUUCGAAUCCCCUCCUCCAGACCCUAAUGCUUCCGACAAGUUCCCUUCACACCUUCUACCAUCAUUCCAUCUACAAUCUCAUCUUCGUGAACCUUUUGCAAAACUAUUGGCUGAUAUUGCUCCCACAACCAGGCGAGUUAUCAUCAUUCAUGACUAUCUAAUGAGCUUAGUCGUUCAAGAUGUAGUUUCCUACGAAAAUGCAGAAUCUUAUGUCUUCCAUUGUGCUUCGGCCUUUACCACGUUCUCGUACUUGUGGGAAGAGAAAGGAAAACCAUGCUUAGAGGAUGAUGAUGAAUCAUACAAGCAACUCACAAUGGUCCCUGCUUUUGAAGGAAAUUCAUCGACUUUCUCGCGAAAGAAGGAUUGUCUGGAAGGAAAAAGCAAUGGGCUAUGGGUCCUUUUAAUCCAGUGGCCAUAA